AUGGAUGAUAUAGACCAAUCAGAAAUAUAUGAUCCUUCCGUAAAUUCAUUCAGUCAAGUUGGUUCUGUUAUUGAUCAUCCUCUGUUCUUGCAAAGUGAGAUACAAGGCUGCCUUGAUGUUGGUGAUCCUAACUAUGAAUGUUCAAUUUGUGGCGCGUGUUUCUGGUUAUUAGAACGUGUUGAAAGAGAUUCUACAGUUAAUCAUCCUAUUUUUACUGUUUGUUGCUCAAAGGGAAAAAUUCAGUUACCUUAUCUCCAAAGGCCCCCAGAUCUGUUAUAUAAUUUGAUCAAUGGAGAUGAUAGCAAGAGUUUGUAUUUCCAAAAAAAUAUUCGAUCUUAUAACAGUAUGUUUGCCUUCACGUCUCUUGGCGGUAAGGUAUUGGAUUCAGUGAAUGAUGGGAAAGGUCCACCGCAGUUUAUAAUAAGUGGUCAAAAUUAUCAUCGGAUUGGAAGUUUGCUCCCAAAUGCUGGUGAGAAGCCUAAAUUUGCACAAUUAUACGUAUACGACACUCAGCAUGAGAUAAUUAAUAGGCAGCGAAUCUUUGGGCAAACAUCUGAGAUAGAUAAAGAAUUGAUAACUGAGUUGUUGCAAAUGAUCGAUACUCAUAAUGUCAUAGCACAGUCAUUUCGAAGAGUUAGAGAAUUCUAUCAGUGUCAUCCAUCUGAGAUUUUCUCAUUGAAGUUGUAUUCGCAACGGAAUGUUGAUCGAAGAAUGUACAGUGCUCCCUCUUGCGAUGAAGUUGCUGCUUUAAUUGUUGGCGAUUUUGAUUCGUCGGAUCAUGGUCGUGACAUUAUUGUUCGAUCUACUACUGGUCGGUUGCAACGUAUAUAUGAAACUCAUGCUCUAUAUUGGCCCUUACAGUAUCCUCUGUUGUUUCCAUAUGGUGAGGAUGGUUAUCAGUUGAACAUUGGUUAUCGAGGUCAACAGUCUGGAUAUAUUCCUGGAAGGAGAACAAGAGUUUCUCUCAGGGAAUUCAUAUGUUUUCGUCUGCAGAUUAGGGAGCAUGAAGAUGGAAUUAUUCACAAGUGUAGGCGGUUGUUUCAACAAUUUGUUGUUGAUUGUUUCACGAUGAUUGAGUCCCAGAGGUUGUAUGAGAUUAGAAUGAAGCAAAGUACAAUUAGAGGAGAAGUUCUUCAAGGAAUAGAGGAGGCUAUGCGUCGUGGUGAUGAUGAGGCUUCUUCAAUUGGGACACGAAUUAUUUUGCCUUCCUCCUUCACUGGUGGUAAACGUUAUAUGUUUAACCGUUGUCAGGAUGCCAUGGCAAUUUGUAAACAUUUUGGCUAUCCAGAUUUAUUCCUCACUAUUACAUGUAAUCCAAAUUGGCCUGAAUUCCAGCGGUUCACAGAGCGAGAGCGAAUUCCCAUCGCUGAUCGUCCUGAUAUCUCUUGUCGUGUUUUUCAUGCUAAGUUGAAGUGCCUCCUUAGCGAUCUGAAGGAAGUGAAAAUCAACGAUGUUGAUAUUGACAACAGAUUUGUUGUGCCAUAUAAUCCGCUGUUGUUGAUGAAAUAUCAAGCUCACAUAAAUCUUGAGUUUUGUAACAAGUCAAAUGUCAUUAAGUAUCUUUUCAAGUAUAUCAAUAAGGGUCCGGAUCGGGUGACUGCAACUGUUGGAGAAAGAUAUGAUGUUGGUGAAUCUUCUCAGGUGGUUGAUGAGAUAAAACAGUAUUACGAUUGUCGUUAUUUAUCACCGUCUGAAUCCAUGUGGAGAAUUUUUGCUUAUGAUAUUCAUCAUAGAUGGCCGUCAGUACAGAGGUUGACUUUUCACUUGCCAAAUCAGCAGCAUGUUGUAUUCGAUGAUGCUGAUAUCACUACUCAUGUUUAUUUGCAGAACAAAAAUUUGCUGACGAUGUUUACGGGUUGGAUGAUGGCCAACAGGCGGUUCACGGAGGGGCGGUCUCUAACAUAUGUUGAAUAUCCAGGUAAAUUUGUAUACUGUUUGAAGAGCAGGGAGUGGAAACCAAGACAGAGGGGAUUCUCUAUUGGAAGACUGAGUUUCGCUCAUCCCUCCUCCGGUGAACUUUUCUACAUGCGGAUGCUUUUGAAUGUGCAGAGAGGUUGUACCAGUUUUCGAAGUAUAAGAACUGUGAAUGGUGUUACUUAUGAUACAUUUCAGGAGGCAUGUUCUGCGAUGGGAUUCUUGAUAGAUGAUAAGGAGUAUGUUUCUGCUAUUAAGGAAGUCGCCGAGUUUGCGUCAGCUGCACAGCUAAGGAGGCUUUUUGUGAUGUUGUUGCUAUAUGGUUCCAUGGGAAGACCUCUGUCAGUUUGGGAACAAACUUGGACUUAUUUGUAUGAUGAUAUUCUUUAUCGCAGAAGACAUGAGCUGCAAUACCCUGGUAAGAUUUUUUGA